CCCACGAAGAGACCGCCUUCUGAGAGACGGUUCAAAUGCGAUCAAUGCGAACGCAUGUUUUUCACGCGCAAAGACGUGAAGAGGCAUCUGGUAGUGCACACAGGGAUCCGCAACUUUGCCUGUCCUUACUGUACGCAACGGUUCGGUCGAAAAGACCAUUUGGUGAGACACGCGAAGAAGAGUCACAACCGGGACACCCGCUCCUCCACUGCACUCAAAGCCACCUCUAGUUCCGCAACCAAUACGUCAACCAAAUCGCACUCAUGUCCGACACUCAUUCAGCCCAAGUCGGCCACCAUUCCUGUGUUGGGACAGCAGUUGCCUCACAAUCACAACAAUCAUAUGAAACAGACAUUGAAUUACCCGAACGGUCAGAAUGGAGACCAUUCGGCAUUAGUCUUGUUGUCCAAUAACAACAACAAUCAUCACAACAGUCAUACGGGUGUUGACAACCACUGCUCGGGUUAUGGCAACCAUUCAAACCCUAAUCUCAAUGCCUUAGGAAUGACAGGAAUUCAUUCAAACGACUCAUUGUGUCAUUACAUGUCUGGAGUCCACAGUUUCGAUGAAAUGAUGGCAUCGAAUGGCAUGAAGAGUGAGACGCCUCACCAUUACUUCACAUUUCCAGUCAACUCAACUCCGCUGACAUAUCCACUGCCGAACCCCCCAUUCCUACCCAACUGUUUGGUAAGCAACUCGAGUGCAAACAUGAGUUCGUGUGGCAGUACAGCCACUGUCGCAGCUUUUGGGAUACCGGUGCCCAACGUGUCGAACGUCUCCACUCCAAUACACACGACAUUCUCAGUAGAUGUGAACCCAUCGCUACCUCAUUUCAAUCAAGCCUUUCAAUAAUACAACACUAUAUUCAGUCAAACUCUAUAUUUGCUCAAUAAGUGCUGAAAAUGAGAUUCAGAGCUCAAUAUUUGAUAUAAAUAUUAUGCAAACAAUGAUAUAUUGAAAGCGCACACAAACGCCAAUAAGAAAUCCAAAUCUACCUCAAAGUGACCUCAAAAACAAUUACCUCAAAGUGACCUUAAAAUGACCUCAAUUUUGAAACAAAU